AUGGAUCCAAUAGUAUCAGACAAAAAUCUCUCGUCUUCUUUCCAGACAACAUUAGCUGUCGGCGGCGCAGUCGCACUUAUUGCUGGUGCUGUAAUUCAUCGUCAUAAAGAUAAAUUAUCGUCAUUUCUUGCUGAAAAUCUUGUUAACGACGAAAUGAAUCUCGAUAUUGAUUGGCAAAAACUUUCAAUUCCGGCACAGGCACAAGGCUGCCCUGAAGCACGAGUUGCUGCUGACCUUGGCUUACGACCAUUGAUCACAAAGGGAAAAUCCACGAUUGAUGAUCGUGUUUUUUCGACAUUUUAUGAGGGUUUUAAAGUUGGCAGAGAUACUGCAAAUCGUCGAGGAGACAAAAGAUGCUUAGGCUUUCGAGUAGAUCGUCAAUCUGAAUAUCAAUGGGUGACAUACGAUGAAACCGAACGUGCUGCAACGGAAAUCGGUAGUGGGCUUAUUCAAGUAGGUGAACAUCACGGACAAAAGACAUUCAUUGGUAUCUAUGCAAGCAAUAGUGUUGAAUGGAUGACUACGGCUAUUGCAUGUCAUUUUCAUAGUAUGAUUUAUGUACCUUUGUACGAUACACUUGGAGAAGCUGCAAUCGUUCAUAUUAUCAAUCAGACCUCGUUGAAAACGAUUUUUGUCGAUAAACCAGAAAAUAUUCUUAAUCUACUUGGACUUGCUGAUCAAGUUUCAACAUUGAAACGAAUUAUAUUAACGAAAAAAUUACCAGCGGAGAAGGAAGCUGAAAUUAGAAAAAAAGCUGAGGAAAAAGGAAUCGCAAUUAUGACAUACAUACAAUUAUUAGAAAUUGGUCGAUCGGAGCCAGUUCUACAUCAUCCACCGAAACCUGACGAUAUCUUUGAAAUUUGCUAUACAAGUGGUACAACAGGUUUACCAAAGGGUGCGAUGUUAACGCAUAAAAAUAUCAUUAGUUUGUCUCAAUCAGCAAAUGAAUUUUUCAAACCUGUUUUUAAUGAAUUGGAAAUAUUGAUUUCCUACUUGCCAUUGGCACAUUCUUAUGAGCAAACUAUUGAACUUUAUUGUUUAUGUAGUGGUUUUAAAAUUGGCUAUUUUUUGGGCGAUGUACGUCAAUUAUCUGAUGAUCUUGCUCACUUAAAGCCAACAAUUAUGCCAUGUGUACCUCGACUUCUCAAUCGAAUGUAUGAUAAUAUUCAAGCCACAACUCGUCGAUUAGGUCCAAUUAAACGUUGUUUAUUCAAUAUGGCUCUAUCAGCUAAAGCACGUGAUGUCGAGGAGCAUCGUGUGUCACGCCACAUGGUUUGGGAUGGUCUUGUUCUCAAGCCUAUUCAACAGCGUCUUGGUGGACGUGUGAAAUUAAUUGUUAGCGGUGCUGCACCAUUAUCACCAACAAUUUUACAAUUUCUUAAACGUGUUUGUGGUGCUUAUGUGGUCGAAGGUUAUGGACAAACGGAAUGUUGCGGUGUAGCAGCAUGUCAACCGCUUGGCGAUGCAACUGUUGGAAAUAUCGGCGUACCAUUAAGUUGCAACAUGAUCAAACUCGUCGAUGUACCAGAAAUGCAAUAUUUUGCAAAGGAUAAUGUUGGCGAAUUAUGUAUUCAAGGUGCAAACGUAUUUAAAGGUUAUUAUAAAGACGAAGAAAAAACACGAGAGGCACUUGAUGCAGACGGAUGGUUACAUACAGGCGAUGUUGCUAAAUGGACACCGAGCGGUCGUAUUCAAAUUAUUGAUCGAAAGAAACAUAUGUUUAAAUUAUCUCAAGGUGAAUAUGUUGCACCGGAACGUAUUGAAAAUAUUUAUAUUCAGAGUAAAUAUGUAGCUCAAGUUUUUGUUUAUGGCAACGGCUACAAGAGUUAUACAGUUGCUAUUAUCGUACCUGAUUCAGAUGAGCUUGAAAAACACGCACGCGCUGAACAUAUUUCAGGUGACAUGGCUGCCUUAUGUAAGAAAAAAGAAAUCAAAGAUUUAAUAUUUAAUGAUAUUAAAAAUUUGGAAAAAUUUAAUGGAUUAAAAGGAUUUGAAAUGGCAAAAGAUGUUUAUCUUUUUCCAGAACAAUUUUCAGUUGAAAAUAAUCUUUUAACGCCAACGAUGAAAACGAAACGAUCUGAAUUAUCGAAAUACUUUGAAAAAGAAAUCGAUGAAAUGUACAAAGAUAUUGAAUAG